AUGAACCUCCAACUCAAGCUCAUCAGGACCAAGAAGCUCCUAAAGGUUUGGAACAGAGAAGUUUUUGGCAACAUCAUCCAGAACCUAAAGGAUGCAGAGCAGGCAGUGCUUGAGGCACAAAUUUUAUAUGAUAGUGACCCGACACCAGCACAUAGAGCUGAAUUCAGUCGAGUGUCUGCAGAGCUCAUCAUCACGGCAAAGAUGGAGGAAGAAUUUUGGAGGCAAAAGGUGGCAAUUAGAUGGGCUGCUGACGGAGAAAGGAACUCCAAAUUCUUUCAUGGCUGGGUCAGACAGAAGAGAAUUAAGUCGAGGAUACACACGGUCGAGUUUGGGGGGCAGGCACUGACAGAGGAGACAGAGAUCAGGGAGUCAGCGGCAGCCUUCUUUCAGCAGCUUCUGACAUCGGACGUUGGGGACCUUGUAGAGCCUGACUUAUCUCUCAUCCAUACACUUCCAGAUUUAGUGGAUCAGGAGGCCCUGUGUGCGCCACCGCAGGAGAAGGAGUGGGACACUGUGGGGAGGGAUGUGAUUGCAGCUGUGGCAGACUUUUUCAGUGGGGCGUUUAUGCCCCGAAGCUUAACGGCUACCAUGAUAGUCCUCAUUCCGAAGAAGCCUAACCCGAUCACGUGGGUGAGUGGAUUCAUCAAGUGCCGCCUGCUUAGUGACAAUGCUCUUCUGGCCCAAGAGUUGAUACAUGACCUGGGGAAGGAGCUUUCGAGUAGAGGGAGAUUGCCCAAUCUGGCACUCAAGCUGGAUAUGGCAAAGGCGUAUGAUAGAGUCCAGUGGCCGUUUUUGCUCAAGGUCUUAGAAACGAUGGGAUUCUCAAUAGCCUGGAAGGUGAAUAAUGGGAAGACACAUUUUUUUUGGCGACUGAGCACAUGGAGUUUGCUAGCAUUGUUGAGGAGGUUGGAGGCUUUCAAAGAGGGGUGA